AUGGGGCAGUCCUCAGAAAUCCUAGACGGGAAAAAGUUCAAUGCUCCAAAUCUACAGAAAUCGAGGAACUUUGCUUCCAGAGAUGCCGACCGUAUAAUCUCAUGUGUUCUGAGCCUCUCUAGACAUUGCGCGGUCUUGCACUACAACACAACUGAACAACAACUCAAAGUCCACCCAAAGCAGCCUUUCCAUAUUCCGAUAUUAUGUCCAAGCCCUUUCCGCAACUCGAAGCUCACGAGUCUCUUUCCUGCCAUGUACGUGCAAGGCUAUACCGACGGGCACCAGCAGUCGUACAACGCGAGAACGUUAUUGAAUAUUCCGACUGAUCGGGAGGGAAAAGCAGAAGCAUCACAUCCAACUAUAUGCCCUCUGGAUGCACAUCAUGACGCAAAGACCAGCGUCAACCACUGA